AUGACGUUGAGGAUUGUGAUGUUCAUUUUGGCCACAAUUGAGUAUCCAAAAGGUUUUUUCAUUUUGGCCACAACUGAAAAAUCACAAGAUGUUCUUUUGGCCACAGUUGAGCUGAAUACCCACUUGGCCUUUCUCCUAAUCAACACUGUGGGGCCCAAGGGUCUCGGUGCCCAAGGGUCUCGGUGCCCAAGGGUCUCGGUGCCCAAGGGUGUCGGGGCCCAAGGGUCUCGGGGCCCAAGGGUCUCGGGGCCCAAGGGUGUCGGGGCCCAAGGGUCUCGGGGCCCAAGGGUCUCGGGGCCCAAGGGUGUCGGGGCCCAAGGGAGUCGUCCUGUCGAGUCUCACAAUACUGGUUCGUGUGGUGGUGCGGGCCCCACCAGUGUGGACGGAGCGCUGCUGUCCGAGGCUCACGGGCUGGUGGCAGACAUGCUUCAGGACCCUCACCUGCCCCCUGCUGUAGUGUCGGGACUACAGGCGCUCUACCUCCUGCUGGCGCCGCCCUCACAUGUGGCGCCCUCUCCCCGGGGACACAGACCCACCCCUUACUUCCACCUGUCGCAGGAUGCCUACGCUUCAGGUUCCGACACUGAAGAGAACCCGUACACGGGCGAGAGGCCCUCCGUGCACCGGCGGAGUGGUCGUCGGAGUGUGGCCCCAAGUCUGUUAAGGCGUAUGAGUACCUCCACCUGGACUACCACCACCAGCGCCACCGGCAUGCCCACCCUCGAGCCAACACCAUGUAGGAAACGAGCUUCCUCCUUCAGGGCCGUCGUUGAACAGAGAGAAGAGGAGGAGGCCGCCACGCCUUCCAGCAACGUAGCCGAGAAAAUCCUCCUCCACGAGACGCUGCCGGAAGUUGACGACGACCCCGCCACCUACGUAACUCCAUGUGGGAGCCCAACCCACGCCUGCUGCUUGGAGUCACGGCUGGACCCCAACAACUCGUCCACCAAGAACCGCUCCUACUCCACCACAGCGCUCUACCAGGACGGGGCAAAGCGGCCGGUGGUGCGGGAGCGGCAGACAGUGUGUUCUCUGCAUCCCCUUGGCGACUACGACGUCAACCACCUGGAUCGUGUGGCUCGGGGUCUCCACGACAACCAACAAAAGCCCGGGGCGUACUCUGACCGCCUCACCCGCCUCCAGAAGCUGCCCAACCAACAUGUGUGUGAGGGGUUAUGUGAUGACUGCAACCGUGCACAGAACGACACCACAGACGGGCCUUGCCACAUUCAAGAUGACCCGCCAGCCACUGACCUUUGUGAAUGCAAGUGUAGUGAAAUUGCUCGUGUCCACACCAAUGAAACUCACAUUUUGAGCUCUAAACAGACAGAGACAAUAAAUGUUGAUUCUCAUGCAACCAAUGCCAGUACAGUGCACCAAAGACUGGGGCUGCGGGUGGCCACCUCCGACUACGAGAGUUCCGACUCGCCGAGUUCUAUAGAGACGAGUGAGGAGGCGCUGGGUGCUGGCCGGGUGAGAAUAGCGGCUACGGCGGAGGUGGCCGACGCCGUGGUCGAGGAACAAGAGGAGGAAGAGAAGGGCGAGAAAGAAGAAGAAAAAACAAACCAGACGAAUCAGGUCCCAGUAAAUGAGGUGUGUGAGAGCUCAAAGGGGGCAUUGCUGCUGGAGCAGGAUGGGGCUAUCUAUGAUCUAGACCUCCUGCAGGAUCAUCCCCUCCUUAACCGCAUCUCAGAGUGGGACUACCCCGUCUUCUCCCUCCUGGAUGCUGCCGGCCAGCUCAUACUCAGCCAGCUGUGUUACCGGGUGUUCUCUGAGGUGGGGCUGUUUGAAACAUUCAAGAUCCCCACCAAGCAGUUCCUCAACUAUUUCCACAUCCUUGAACUGGGCUACAGAGAAAUACCUUACCACAAUGCAACACACGCCUCUGAUGUGCUCCACGCCGUCUACUACCUCACCUCCCAGCCCAUCCCUGGCUUCAUUAUGCUGCCCCCAGAGCCUGAUUCUCCUUCCAACAGGCAUGAUGAGGCCAUGGGGUCGCCGCGGCUGGUCCACCGGCAGAGCUUCACAGCAGAGGACACCUAUGGGAUUCUGGGGGCCAACCUACCGGCACUGGAGCUGAUGGCGCUCUACACAGCUGCCGCCAUGCAUGAUUAUGACCACCCAGGCCGCACCAAUGCCUUCCUUGUCACCACCAAUGCCCCGCAGGCAGUGCUGUAUAAUGACCGCAGUGUGUUGGAGAAUCACCAUGCUGCAGCCGCUUGGUCCCUCUUCCUCUCAAAGCCCGAGUUUAAUUUCCUAACACAACUUGACCGAGCAGAGUUCAAGCGCUUCAGGUUCCUCGUGAUUGAAGCCAUCCUCGCUACUGACCUCAAAAGGCACUUCGAGAUCCUGGCUGAGUUUAAUGCUAAGGCCAAUGAACCAGAUGCACCUGGAUUGGACUGGAACUCGGAGACAGAUAGGAUGUUGGCACUGCAAAUGUGCAUCAAGUUGGCCGACAUUAACGGCCCCUGCAAAGCCAUCGACAUACACACACAGUGGACCUCCAGGAUUGCUGAAGAGUUCUAUGAGCAAGGGGAUGAGGAGGCUGCACUGGGCUUGCCGGUGUCACCAUACAUGGACCGCUCCAACCCUCAACUCUCCAAGCUGCAGGAAUCCUUCAUCAACCACCUGGUGGCACCCCUCUGUAAUGCCUAUGGGGAGGCCGGGCUGAUGCCAGGCGUGUGGCAGGAACCUGCUGAGGAUGAAGAGCCUGGACCUGAAAUCACUCCAGAGGAUGAGGAUGAUGAGGACCCUGCCACCAGUGAGUCUGACACGGCCACGCAGACCAGUGGCCGCACACGCAAGAUCUUCUGUCUCCAGACCCAGCACCUUCAGGAGAACCACCAGUUCUGGGUUAAUAAGAUUAAGGAGGAGCAGAGGGCAGCAGAGGAGGCAGAAGCAGGGGAUUCAGGUUCAGAGGAGGACUUGACACCUGCAGCAGAUGUAUCACCCUGUGGGUUCUCUGGCCAACCCAUGGUGCUGCCCCUCAAUGGUGAUGAACCCAUGGAACCCAUAGAAGAGGAGAGGACCCCUGCCUCCAUCUCCUCCUCCCGUAGCUUCAGUUUUGAAAAAGAAGAUUCAAAACUUUGAUGCCCGGCCUGUGUCAUAGUCUAAAUAGUUAGAUUCUUCCAAUAUUAUUAUUAGACUAUUGAUACAGCAUAAUAUAGAAAUUUUAUGAAUUUUUUGACUAUAUAACUGAGCUGCUGGUAUCAGCCAGGCAAUGGAGUGAUGGACCGUGGUGGACCUACCGGGGACCCGGGGAUGACCCAGGCCCCCGGAAGGUAUGAGUUGAUCCCUGAAACUUAAGGUCAGGAACCUAGUUUGGAUUCUGUCUGGAGCUAAGAUAUGACUUUGUCUGUAGCUAAGGUCUGGACUUUGCAUGGAGCUAAGGUCUGGAAUUAAAGACUGGACUUUGCAUGCAUUUUGAGGUCCUGGACCUUGUCUGGAGUUUGGUCUAGACAUAAUUGGAAUUGAGGUUUGAACUUUGCAUCGAUAUUGGCUUGAACCUCGCCUGGAAUUGAGCAAUGCACCUUGCAUGGAGAAGUCGAGACUUUUCCUGGAGUUCAGAUCUGGAGUUUACCCAGAGUAGCGAUGCAGAGCUUGCGUGAGGAGCCGAGAUAGAGACUUGGCAAGAGCUUCGUGCGUCGAAUUCCUCCUUAAUUAUAUGAUAAGCCAAGAGGUGUUGGCCUCUUACCACAAGGCGGUAGCAGCCACCCCAGGAACCUCAAGGAAUAGGACUUCCUGCAGAAUGGGCUGGACCUCCAGGAACCUGUGAAGGGCAACAAGGUGGUGCCUCUAGAUUUACCCUUCAGGAACCUCCCGGGAAAGACGCUGCUGGUAGCGUCCCCCAAUACGCCGGUGGUGGACUUAAAGUUUGUGAAGUAUGUCCAAAAGGUUGAUUAUGCAGACCCCAAAGAAUCAGAGUUUUGUUGAUCCACUGGCAGCAGAUUCUUAUAUAUAUGCGUUGUUCAUACUUUUUCGUGUUAUAUAUUGGCAUAAUCUAUGGUGAUAGUAAAUAUUUUUGCGGCAUAAUUUCAGAAUUUGGUGUCGUGGAUCAUCCAAGUUCAUGGUAAUUCAGUGUUCUGGUUAAUCGAGGUUUGGUGUGCCAGUAAGCAGGCAAGCAGAGGGUCUAUGACCUCUGCCUUGAUGCCGUAACAUAGGACUCAUUUACCUGUGUUUCCAUGGGAUUUAGAAUCACUUGCGAGUGUUCAGGACAAUAUUUUAUAUUUGGUCACAAUUGAUUUUAAUCUGAUUAUAUUUCAUAGACCGGCCACCAAACUUAUUUUAAGGUCUGUAUCAUACAGAAAGUGACAGAGAACUAAAGAAUCUAAGGAUUUAAUCCAAGAAAAUACUCAGUAUUUAUAAAUCAAGGAACUGAACAAGUUAUUUGUCAAUGUCCAAAUGCCAAUAUGAAAAUAGUCAUCUAGCCCACCCUUGUGGCUAGCAUUCAGUUAUCUUUGCAAAUCAGAAGUAAAGAUUUACAAGCCUUUCAGCAUCUUACUCAUCUUCAUCUCAAGUUCUGGUUCAUACAUUUAAUAAGUGUACAGCCCGUGAAGACAUCCCUCACAGUUUAUUUUAUCAUUAGGUAUGUGUGAUCCAAAGAAGAUUAUUAAAUAAGGAAUUCUGUAUUUUUACCAACCCGUAGCAUCUUAUAGGUCAUUCAUAAUUUUAUUGUUCUAAUGACUUAAUUAUCCUUGUAAUGUAGAACACGGUACUUGGCAUGUGAAUGUGAUCUUCCACAAUCUUACGCGAUAUUUUGCCAUAUGAAUGUGAUCUUCCAAAAGUCUUGUCCACGUAAACAGGCGGUAAAUUCCUACUUGGCUGCCACCAACUGCUCCUCCAGGGGGUGGUGGGGCUGAAGGCUUCCAGCUUCGUCUCCAGCCGUCUAGUCUUCAGGAACUUAAGUGUUCAAUGGACGGUCGAAGCCAAAACUGAUACUUGUGGUGAGUGUCUCGUUGAGGUUGACACUAAGAGAACCAAAGGGGUUGUGCUAUUGAGCUUCGUAUGUGCCAAAGACUGAAACCUAAUUAUCCCUAAGUUCGUCCAGAGUACAGUAUUCGGUCUUAAUUAACAUUCAUGCCUAAGGCCAUCAGUCUAAAGAAAACAACAGAAAAAUGCUCUUGGUAGGAAAGUGAUAACAGAAUUAGAGUGAUAGAGUUGCGAUGCUGAACAAAGUGUUUUAGCGAGGCACUAACCAAAGUAAUGUACACAUGGCUCGAUCAUUCACCAUCAAACAUGAUGAGGCUAUAGGACCUCGAGAUGACUCGGUCGUCUGCAGGUGGAGGAAAGACGAGCCAAUGUGAGAAUGGUGCUCCCGUCGACAGUGUCUCUGGUGUGUAGGUGUUCCUGAGGUGCUCUUGCUGGUGUAAGAGUGUCUGAGUCAGUCUCACCUUUGUAAGGGUGCUCUUGAGUCAGUCCCUCCUGCGUGAGAGGAGUCUGAUAUCGGUCCUCCAAGAUGCACAGAUGCUUCUCAGUCAGUCAUCAAUGUCGUCAGAUGCAAGGGGUGAAGUUGGGCCUUGAGAGCCUUUUGACAUGAGGGGGUGUAGCAGUCGUCUUUCCUAUGUACAAGUGCUUCUGUUGUCUCUGUUUAUGAUGAGAAUUUGUCUAUAAAGAUUUGAUGAAAAGUGUAAUGGUCUCUCUCUCUCUCUGAGAUGGGGAAGACACGAGUCAAGUCAUAUGAUAUAUAGAUGAAUCUUCACAGUCUUUCCUCUGUACUAAUGGAACUGUGCUCCUUAAACUCUAUUUAUGUCCGGUGCAUGUCUCCUUCAUAUGAGGCAAUUUCUCUGAUCUGUAUGAUAAUUGUCACAUAUUGUCAAAGUUUCUCGACUUUACCCUUAGACCGUGAUGGUGCCUCGGUGAGUGGCAACAGUGUCAAAGUGAUGUUUGCUACACAUUGAUCAUCUUUAUUGAAGCAAAUUUGUUAUGAUGCAUCAACCAAAUUUGAUAAAAGUAUUCGAAUCGGUGUUAUAAUUUCUCAUCGCAAACAUGAAGACAAUAGCUUGUGGAUAGACUGAGAUAAUAGAUUAAAAUUAAUUUGAAGCCUUGAGGUAGGAUUUUUCUCGUCUUAUUGUAAAGAAAGUAAGGGAGACAUAGCAGGUUGCCAUGAUUCAGCAUGUUUCACCCCAUGACACCAUGGAGAGCAGCGAUCAUGUGAUGGCUACUGAGAGCAUCUGGGUAAAGGGAUACCGGGCUAGUAUGUUUUUGUACAUGGAUAGAAGUGUUGAGAUUCCUCUCUCCUCAAGAUUAUUUUGUGAUUCUUUAUGCCGCCAGUAUAGCCACCUGUUACGGCUGACUGCAAGGUAAACAGCACCUGGUCACACCUGUGUAUUAGCUGAUUGCAUAUGUUUUAAAUGAUUUACAUGUGUGUGUCACCUAAUCACUAAGUAUAUACAUAAAUUGAACAUCAGCAGUGACCACCUUUUAUGCAUUAGCUGUGACCACACUGUGUACAUCAGCAAUGACUGCCUUAUGUAUAUCAUCUGCGACCACUGUGUACAUCAGCUAUGACUAUCUUAUGUAUAUUAGCUGUGACCACCUCGUGUAUGUCACAUGCGACCUCUUUAUGUACAUCAGUUUUGACCAGCUUGUGUACAUCAGCUGUAACCAUUGUGUACAUCAACUGUAACCAUUGUGUUCAUUAGCUGUAACAUUGUGUACAUCAGUUAUGAUCAUUUUGCAUACAUCACUUGUGACCACCUCAUGUACAUCAGCUCUGACCACCUUAUGUAUGUCAGCUACGACUACCGCGUGUAAAUCAGUUGAUUGAUUACCUUGUGCAUGUCAGCUGAUCCAUGUAAACAAACCUGUUGAAACUUUUUCCGCCAUAUGCGUCACAAUAAACAAAAUCUCUGUGCCAAUACAUCUUCAUCUUCCUCUUAUCUGUUGAUUAUGUAAAUGCGGGAAGCCCAGACCAGAGGAGGAAGCUUUAGAGGUACGUACUGUAAUAAUAGUGAUGUUGUGGAUGUUAUGAGUCAUGGUGAAUUUUUAUAUGGAUUUGUAUUUUUAUUUUAUUUAUUUAUUUAUUUAUUUAUUUAUUGUUAUUAUUAUUUAUUUUAUUUUUUUUUUUUUUUUUUUGGGGGGGGGGGGAGUUCAAGGUAGGCUAUAGACUUUUAGAUGAUGUCCUCAUUGAGAAUAUUAAACAGAUUAUGCAGAGUUCAAUCAUGGAGAAGUCUUACUGCAGAGAGUUCACUCGUGGAGAGAACUUUCAGCACAAAGAGAUCACGUGUGAAGAGAAUUUACAGUGCAGGGUUCACUCAUGGAAAGAACUUGCGGUGGUGGGAACUUACACAUGGAGUAAACUUUCUGCAUAUAUAAAUGAAAAUAAGUUUGAAAGUUGGUCAAAUGACACACAUAACUUACAUGUACUAAAAUCAUACUGAUAAAUAUACAUACAGUACUGACACUAACACAAGUACAAAAAAGGUAUAAACACUAUGCUUGUAUGUAUAGGUAUCCCUCGAUGUAUGAAUGGGUUAGGGUCCUAAAAAAACAUUUUUAAGUGAAUUUUUUAAUAAGAAUAUAAGAAUACAGGUAUCCUGUGAUUUACAAUCUCCCAAUUAAAAAUACUGUAUUUUGCUUUAGCGAUAGUAUUGAUGUUUUAUGACCACCUCCCUAUACAGUACAGUAUAUGAUAAAAAAAUACCAUGAACAAUAGCCGUCAUCCAGCCAAACUUACAGAAGCAUGGAAUACUGUGCAGGUAUCCCAUUUUUAAUAAUUGGGGUGCGUUCCUGAAAACCCAUCAUUAAUGCAAAAUGAUCAGUAAACGAGGGAUAACAAGAAAUAAUAUCUUAAAUGAGGAAUAAUAUCCCUGUCUCUCUCUCCACACUAGAGGCAACUGCACCACUCUUUGCAUGAUCUUGUCAGCACGCUUAUAUAAAGUGUGGUGAAAGUAGAAGCAGCUAGACCAAGAUCCUUCUUAAUCUUUGCAGGGUCAUCACCACAUUCAUGACAUUUACCUCCAGCCGGGUCUUAAGAGUCAGUCUUUCGUAUUUUCUUCGGUGCAGUAUGGGUAGCCGAAGAAUCCGCAGAACGUUUGGAUUCCAUAACGAAAGGAUGGCACGAAUACACCCGUAUAAAGAGAUAUCACUGCACACACAAAAUGAAUGGUGGAAGGAAAGACACAGGCUUGUGGGAGAUGCAGGAGGGGGGAGGGGGGGGGUAUGAUCAGUGAGGGAGAAUACGUCUGUGUAUCUCUCCCCCAAGAUAGCCACCCAUGAUGACUUUCGGGACCCAAAUUCGUAUAAGCAGGGGAAGCUUUCAUAUCUCGAAACAGUGGUGUCAAUUUAGGACAUUUGUAUAAACGAAUAUUUGUAUCUCAACGUUCGUAUAGCGAGGGAUACCUACAGGUAUAUACACCAAUGUAUCAAGUACUCACAAGCUGAUACUUCUUCACAUAAAUUAACACACACACUGUACUGGCAUAUGAAUAUACUCACACACACACACACACACAUACACACUUGUUUACACAGUAAACCACACACACAUACACACUUGUUUACACAGUAAACCACACACACACACAUACACACUUUCUCACAUAUCAAUAUAAAUUAAGAUAUACAUACAAGCACAUACACCAGCUUAGUAAUGUGAAACAAAAAAAGUUGGGAUAUGACAAAAUUCUACCCUCAAAAUUUUAAAAUGUCAACAUAUAAAGGGGUUUGAGCUGUGUAUAGUUAGGGCAAUAUAUACAGUAUUAUUGUUUCGAUUGAAGAUUAUGAAAGAGAAUGUACAGUAUUGUAUUACUGGGAUUUUUAGUAUUACUGGUUCUUAAAGAUUUUUUAAUGCAAUUAUCGACUGGUAUGAAGUUAAUAAGGAGUAUUGAAUGAGUAGGAGAAACAUGGUGUGUGUGUGCGCGCGCGCGUUUGUGUGACGGAUGUGGUGGUGGUGUGUGUGCACGCGUGUGUGACGGAUGUGGUGGUGUGUGUGUGUGUGUGUGAGAAAGACGGAUGUGGUGGUGGUGGUGGUGUGUGUGUGGACAACUAGUGCUGUAGUGGCAGGAUAAGCUACCUCAUAAUAUGGUCACUGACAACCCGUUCUCUCUCUCUCUCUCUCCAAUUUUAUUUGAUGUGUCAGAAUAUCACCACCCGGGACAGGUGCCUCUUCUUCCUGGCGCUGGGACAUAUUUUUGUUGAUCCAGUUGUAUUUAUGUAUGAAAGUGUUAGCCAUAACUAUUAUAAUCAGGUGGAAACUAAGAAAAGUUUAUAUUUUCAUGUAGUUUGAGAUGUCCAUGUACUGCAUUUUCGGUAUCUGUGUGAUGUAAAUGGCUCAUCGUUGGCCCCUCCCCCCCGUGGUGGCGUGUCCGUCCUCCCCUUCCCCUCCCUCCUGUGCUCCCUCUCCCUGAUGAGGGUGUUGAAGGAGAGGGGUAGGGAGGGGUGGACCCCUCCACCAGGGGAGACCUGUGUACGUGUCAUGUAAUAAAGGAGAAAUGAAGA